UACUGGAUACAGAUAAUUUUGACAGUGUGCAUUAUUUGCCAUAAGCAUGACUAUUGACUAUGUAGUAUUUAAUAGGUAUUUAUCUUUUUAUAUUUAUACAUUACGUUAAAGUUUARAAAUACAAUUUCGAUAUAAGAUUUAAGUACGAUCAUAAUAAUAUUACUUUGAAGUAAUAUCAACUUAAAGGAUAUAGRAUACAUUAGUGCAUAAAGUCUAUAGAUUUAUAAGUACAGCCUACUGAAUUGAAAACUAUGGAGAACGGCAAUGAAAUAACAUUUGAUUCUGAAGAGAUUCAAAUAAAUAAACCUAAAGCUGCGGUCAACAAUAGGAUUGAAAACUUCUUAAAGAGAAAGAGAGAUGAAAAUCAUGAUAGAAAUACCAGAAUGUAUUGUACUCCAAUAUCUAGCAGGAAUUAUUCUAGUGCUUCUAGAACAUGUGAUACAAUAGAAGCUAAGCGUCAGAAAGGCUCUGAAUGCUUUGUAAAAAAAACAAAAGUGUAUAAUAAUUUAGGACCACUGAAUAAUGGGGGUUUGGAUCCAGCUAGCAUAAACAGUUACAAUUUAUCAAAUAAUAAUAUAAAUUCUGUUGGAUUAAAACCAGAUAUUUAUGAAAGAAUAUCAAACAUAGAAACAGUUUUAAAUAUUAAAAGUGAUGGUCAUAGUUACAUUGAUAUUUAUGAAAAACUAAAAUCAUUAGAAGAUCACGUAUUAAAACUAGAAAAUAUUUUAUUAAAUAUCAAUGAAAAUUACUCAUUAUCAAAUACUUUUUCUAUUGAUCAAGAUACAGGAAUCAUUAGACAUAAUUUAAACCCCAAUGAUUUUAUUACACAGAAAAAACUGGCUUCUGAAGAUAAUUUAAUAAGAAAAGAAAUAAAACCAAGAGUAUUACCAAAAAAAUCUAAAUAUUCUGCCAAUGAAAUACAAGAGCUCAUUAACAAUUUAAAAAGAAUUGAAGAUAACAAAAAAAAUUGUUUGAACCAAUAUUAAAUACAUAAGUAAUUUAUCA